AUGGUUACCAUGUCUCGCUUUUUCCGUGCUGCAGAGAGCGACUCUGACGACAGCGAAUCCGAAUACUCUGAUGAGUUGACCGCGUCCGAUUCGGAGGACCACUCUGGCUCUGACUCUGAGGACGAAUCCUCCUCUGAUGAGGACGGUGCCAAGAAAGGAGGCGCGGCCGGUCGUGGCCGUUUCUUUGAGGGAGCCUUGGACUCGGACGAUGACAGUGAUGAUGAUACGGUCCGUGUUGUCAAGUCUGUCAAGGAUAAGCGCCUUGAUGAGAUUGAGCAGGCUGUGUCCGGGAUUGCCAAUGGGUUGAAGAUUAACGACUGGGUCUCUGUCCAGAACGAGUUCGACCGUGCUAACAAGGGUAUUCAGAAGGCCGCUGGCCUUAUUGCCCAAUCUGGCGUCCCCAAGUUCUACAUCAAGUCUGUUGCCGAGUUGGAGAAGGCCAUCCAGGCCGCUGCUCAGAAGGAGAAGAGCGCCUCCAAGAAGUUGAACCCCUCCAACAACAGGGCCCUCAACUCACUCAAGCAGAACAUCAAGAAGAACAACCGCCAAUACGAGAGUCAAAUUCAGGAGUACGAGAAGGACCCCGAGAACUACGACAAGGAGCCUGAGGAGGAAGAGGAGGUCGUUAAGAAGCCCAAGGUCAAGAAGGCCAAGAAGGUCGUUGUUUCGGACUCUGAGGAUGACAAGGAGGACGAGGAGGAGGCUGAGGACGAUGGAUUCACCCCUGUCGGCGCUGGCGGCAAGUCGGUCGAGUUGACCCAGGAUAACUUGUACAAGAAGCUGCGGGAGGUUGUUGAUGCUCGUGGAAAGAAGAACACCAACCGCGAGGAGCAGGUCAAGAUCUUGGAGCGUCUUCUGGUCGUUGCCAACACCCCCUACCAGAAGAUUAUCGUUCUCUUGAACUUGGUCUCUGCCCAGUUCGACUUUGCCACUGGUGUCUCUGGCUUCAUGAACAUUCCCCUCUGGAAGAACGCUGAGAAGUACUUGAACAGCUUGUUGACGAUUUUGGAGGCCAACCCUUUGUACAUUGUCAAGGAGAACGUUCCCGAUGUCGAUGACGAAGAAAAGGACCGCCUUCCCGAGGAUGGCCAGCCCGUCCUUAUCCAGGGAUCUCUUGUCGCCUUUGUCGACCGCCUCGACGAUGAGUUCACUAAGUCGCUCCAGAACAUUGACCCCCACACCACCGACUAUGUUGACCGUCUCAAGGAUGAGGUCGGACUCUACGCCGUCAUUGUCCGCUCCAACGUCUACUUCAAGCGUCUCGACCUCGUCGACUCUAUCUCCCGCACCACCAUGAGACGUCUUGAGCACUUGUACUUCAAGCCCGAUGUUGUUAUUGUUGCUGUUGAGGGUGCCACCGCUGCUCUCUUGUCGAGCAAGGAGGCUACCACUGCCAAGGAGUCUGAGGUUUUGAUCCACGACUUGUGCGUGUUCUUGUACAAGAACGCCAACUCUCUCCAGCGUACCCGUGCCAUGCUCUGCCACAUCUACCACCACGCCCUCCACAACCGCUUCUUUAUCGCCCGUGACAUGCUCUUGAUGUCGCAUUUGCAGGAGACGAUUCACCAGGCCGAUGUCACCACCCAGAUCUUGUUCAACCGCGCCAUGGUCCAAUUGGGUCUUUGCGCCUUCCGCGAGGGCAUGAUUAGGGAGGCACACACCUGCUUGCACGAUAUCUCGGGAACUGGACGCGUCAAGGAGUUGCUCGCCCAGGGUCUUCAAGCCCAACGGUACGGAGCUGUCUCGCCCGAGCAGGAGAAGCUCGAGCGUCAGCGCCAGUUGCCCUUCCACAUGCACAUCAACUUGGAGCUUUUGGAGUGUGUCUACUUGACCUGCUCGAUGCUCCUCGAGAUCCCUGCCAUGGCCCAGGCCGGCAACAGCCCCGAGAACAAAAAGAAGGUCAUCUCCAAGCCCUUCCGCCGCAUGCUCGACUACAACUCUCGCCAGGUGUUCACAGGACCCCCCGAGAACACUAGGGAUCACAUCAUGGGCGCUGCCAAGGCCCUUUCGAUUGGCGAGUGGGAGCGGUCGGUCGAGUUGAUCAAGGCGAUCAAGAUCUGGGAGCUCAUGCCCGGAUGCGACAACAUCAAGGAGAUGCUUGCUGUCAAGAUCCAGGAGGAGGGACUUCGUACAUACUUGUUUGCCAAUGCCUCAUACUACUCCUCUGUCGGUUUGGAGUCGUUGGGCAAGAUGUUCAACCUUUCCGUCAACACUGUUUUGGCGAUUGUCGCCAAGAUGGUCUACAACGAGGAGUUGUCUGCCUCGAUUGAUCAGGUCGCAAAUGUGGUGCAGCUCCACCACGUCGCGUUGAGCAAGAUGCAGGCUUUGGCUUUGGCCUUUGCUGACAAGGCCUCGGGCUUUGUGGAGGGUAACGAGAAGCUGUUGGAGACCAAGACCCCUCAGCCACAGCAGGGUGACCGCAAGAAGGGCGGUGCUGUUGGAGGCAAGGAGCAGACUGGCAAGGAGCAGGGCGGCAAGCAGCAACAGCGCACGAUGGGACCCCGUGGACAGCGUGGUGGCCGUAACCAGUUCCAUAACGGUUUGGGAAACAGCGUUCGGGGUGGUCGCAAGAACCAGCAGCAGCAGUAG